AUGAUAGCAGCUGCAAAGAUCAUCGAGCAGCGGUCUCACAUCGUACCAGGCAAGCUCAGGAUCACUGAGCAUUUCUUCGAAGUGCCCCGUGACUAUUCCAAACCCUCAGCAGGUACCCUGAAACUCUUCGCUCGCAGCGCCCGAAAAGUCGACAAGCCCGCAGAUCCAAGUGAACAAGACGACAAGAAGAAGCAGCUACCAUGGAUGCUCUAUCUACAAGGUGGACCAGGCUUCGAAUGCCGCUCACCGCAAAACAGCGCCUACACCAGUGCCAUCCUUGACCGAGGGUAUCAACUACUGUGCCUGGAUCAGAGAGGGACCGGCCUUAGCACGCCAAUAUCUGCUUCUACGCUUGGUCUCCGUGGGGAUGAUCCCGUACAAGCUAAUUACCUCAAAUCUUUCCGAGCCGACAGCAUUGUCAAGGACUGCGAGGCCAUCCGCAAAGCCCUGACUGCGGACUACCCCAAGGAAAAGCAGAAAUGGAGUAUCAUGGGUCAGAGCUUUGGCGGGUUUUGUUGCACGACCUACCUCUCGAUGUUCCCGGAGGGAUUGCGCGAAGCCUUUGUCUUUGGAGGUCUUCCCCCCUUAGUAAAGAGUCCUGACCAGGUUUACGAGCGUCUGUACAAGAAGGUCAUCCAACGGAACGAGGCAUAUUACCAGAAGUACCCUGAAGACGUUGAGCGAGUCAAGCAAAUCGUCCGGCUGCUUCAGAGGUUCGGCAAUAACACAGUAAGAGUAACCUCCGAUGGCUUCCUGAGCGCCCGUCGUUUCCAGCAACUUGGCUUAAACUUUGGCUUUCACGGCGGCCUUGAUGAAGUGCAUGACAUCGUUCUCUGCGCCUCUAACGAACUAACCCAGUUCGGCCACCUGACGAGGCAAACAGUCAACAAGAUUGAACAAUCCCUACCCUUCGACGACCAUGUCAUCUAUUCUAUCCUGCACGAGUCCAUCUACUGCCAGGGCAGCGCGUCCAACUGGACCGCCCAUCGUGUGCGGAAUCUGUACCCCGAAUUCAACCUUUCAAGCGGGGGACCAGUCUACUUCACCGGCGAGAUGAUCUAUCCAUGGAUGUUCGAAGAUUACGCCGAACUCCGCAAGCUAGAGAGCCAAGCGAACCUCGUUGCCGCAGUCGGCGAUUGGCCGCCGUUGUAUGAUGAGGACCAGCUCGCUAGAAAUGAGGUCCCAGUUUACGCUGCUGUGUACAUGGAUGAUAUGUACGUUGACUAUGACUUUGCUAUGGAGACAGCAAAGAAGAUCAGAGGAUGUAAGGUUUUUGUCACGAAUGCGAUGUAUCACGAUGCUGUCAGGAGCAAGAUGGAUGAGGUGUUCAAGGGGGUGUUUACGCUCCGGGACGAUAUUAUUGAUUGA